AUGUCGCACCAACGCUCUCUAUCGUCUAGCCUCAUGGGCUUCAUUAUGCCCUUAGGCAUAGGCACCGCCUCAGAAACGUCCACCCUGCAGAUGCACCCUGAGGAACCAUUUAUCCCUCUAGAUAACUUGUUCUACUCGUUUGACGAUACCAUGUCUAUGACCCUCGACCCAAUCGACACCAUCGGUGCGGCCCCUCCCUUCGAUGCCCCGCCGAACCAUGUUCCAACAUCGGCCAUCACCCCCGACGAGGGCAACGGCGAACCUGCGGCCGUAUACCCCGCGCCUAACGAUGAAAGCUCUGCCAACAACCCGUCUCGCGACCCCGUUAGUGCCGGGCCCCAAAAGGACCAAAGCGCACUAACCGAGUUCACAAAGCGGCGUAACUGGGCCGCCAAGGUUAUUGAGGAGCUCAAGGACCUACUACACAUUUUAGAUGCCAACGGGAGGAUUAAGCACGUCUCGCCCAGCGCCGAGAACUUGACUGGCUACAAGCCAGCCGAGCUUCGUGACCUCCUCAUGCAGGACUUGUUGCACCCGGACGACGUGGGUGUCUUCACUUCGGAGUUGAAUGCGUCCAUCGCCUCGGGCGCCUCGUUCCGUGUCUUUUAUCGCAUGAAGAGGAAGGAUGGCGCCUACGCCGUGUUUGAGUCGGUCGGCCACGCCCACAUCGCGGCAGCUAAAUUUGCGCCCAAUCCGAACAACCAGACGCCCUUCUGCCAGGCCGUCUUCAUGAUGGCUCGUCCGUAUCCGACUAAGAAUGCCGCGCUGCUCGAUUCCUUCCUAGAACAUAAAAUGGAGAACGAGCGCCUCCGUCGUAAGAUUGCCGAGCUCCGAAAGGAGGAACAGGAGGAGGCAGAGGAAUCCGAGAAGUCGUGGCAGCAAAGCCAGGAGACCACGCCAUCGGAAAAAGGCCUGCGUUUCGGCGGAGCGGGUUUCCAGCCAGACAGCCCGGCCGCGGCCCGCGACGCCCGCGUCUCGGCCGAUAGUGGCCGCACGGAGAGUAACGCUAGCACUCGGCGGGCUUCCAUCGGCAACACCCAUGCCGAUACCAUCGAGAUGCUCACUGGGUUGCGUUACCAAGAGGGCGAACGCAGCCACGGCCUUACCACCGGCAACCCCAGUCCAGCUCUCAUUACGGGUGACGCUGGCAUUGCCAUCCCGGUCGACAGGGACCAUCGCACUGGUGAUAAGAAGAAGAAACUUAAGUUGGCCGAAGAAUACGUGUGCACAGACUGCGGUACCCUCGAAUCUCCCGAAUGGCGUAAAGGUCCCGGUGGCCCGAAGACGCUCUGCAACGCUUGCGGUCUGCGGUGGGCGAAGAGAGAGAAAAAGAAGAGCGCCGUCACGGGAGCUUCGGACCACGCACCUGCAGCGGCCGAUGCGGUGUCAUAG